UGGGGAUCGCUGAAGCUGUUCUGUGCAGGAGGCAUUGCUGAGAUUCCCCUUGCAGCCAUGGACUUGGACAAACAAUCCGUGUGGGGAUCCCUGAAACAGAAGACCCGGCCAUUCCUGCGGAACCUGAGCGUGAGGAAGACGAAGAAGAGGUCUGGCAAGAUGCUGGAGAGGAAGGGCCACUCCUUGGACCGCUGUCUCAGCGUGUCAGUGCCUGACAUGCUGGAGGUGGAGACUCUCAUGGAAGAAGAAGAAGAAGAAGAAACUACUUACUCCAGUGCUCAGGUGUUGUCGAGCUGCUCCCCCAAGAGCUUUUCCAGGUCUGUGGUGUCCCUGAAGAGCAGAAACGCUUCGGUGAAGGCAGUGGGAGAGGACUGGCUGUGGGCGUCGCAGCAGAGGACGCGGAUGGAGGUGACAGUCACCCCCCCGGACACGCAAGCUGUGGGCAUUCACCUGGUGUCCUCACGAGGAGCUGAGGCUGGGGGCAGCCCCGUGUCUGAGGGGAAGAAGAGGAGAUCCAGCGAGGACCUCUUUGACCUGCUGCAGAGCUCCCGGCUGAGCGCCACGCUGAGCGAGGAGGGGACAGAGUACCCAUGUGGAGAAAUGGAUUUUGACUCUUCCCUAUCAUCUCAAAACUUUGAUGACCAAAUGGCUCUGGAGGAAGCAAACGACUGCCUGAGUGAGCUGCCCAGCCCCUUUGCCUACCUGCUGACCAUCCACCUGAAGGAAGGCAGGAACCUGGUUAUCAGGGAUCGCUGUGGUACAAGUGACCCGUAUGUGAAGUUUAAACUGAAUGGCAAAACUCUUUACAAAAGUAAGGUAGUCUACAAGAACCUCAACCCAGUUUGGGAUGAAACUGUUGUGCUGCCCAUACAGACCCUCGAUCAAAACCUCUGGAUCAAGGUGUAUGAUCGUGAUUUAACCUCUUCAGACUUCAUGGGUUCGGCAUCUGUGGCGCUCACUGAACUUGAACUCAAUAGAACUACUGAACAGGUUUUAAAACUGGAAGAUCCCAACAGUUUAGAAGAUGACAUGGGAGUGAUUGUAUUAAACUUGAGUCUAGCAGUCAAGCAAGGAGACUUCAAGAGAAAUAGAUGGUCAAGUCGAAAGAAAAGAACUUCAUCCAAGUCGAGUUUCACACGGAACCUGCGGCUCUCGGAGUCCCUGCGCAAGAACCAGCUGUGGAACGGGCUGGUCACCAUCACCCUCCUGGAGGGCAAGAACAUGCCCAGAGGGGGCUUGGCAGAGAUUUUUAUUCUCCUCAAACUGGGGGAUCAAAGAUACAAGAGCAAGACACUGUGUAAGAGUGCAAAUCCUCAGUGGAGGGAACAGUUUGAUUUUCACUACUUCUCUGACAGGAAGGAUAUGUUGGACAUUGAGGUGUGGAGAAAGGAUAACAAAAAGCACGAGGAGCUUUUGGGAACGUGCCACGUUGACAUUACUGCCUUGCCAACAAAGCAGACCAACUGCUUGGAGCUGCCUCUGGAGAAACACCCAGGGUCCCUGCUGAUGCUGAUUGCUGUUGCCCCAUGUACAGGAGUGUCUAUCUCUGAUCUGUGUGUCUGUCCUUUGGGAGACCCCAACGAACGGCAGCAGAUUUCUCGACGUUUUUGUAUAAAGAAUUCCUUUCGUGACAUGAAGGACAUUGGCUUCUUACAAGUCAAAGUUUUAAAGGCAGUGGACCUGAUGGCAGCAGAUUUUUCAGGCAAAAGUGAUCCUUUCUGUGUCUUGGAGCUGGGAAAUGACAUGCUUCAAACACACACCGUUUACAAGAACCUCAACCCAGAGUGGAACAAAGUUUUCACAUUCCCUAUUAAAGAUAUUCACGAUGUUCUGGAAGUGACAGUGUUUGAUGAAGAUGGAGACAAACCCCCUGAUUUCCUUGGAAAAGUUGCCAUCCCUUUGCUGUCUAUUAGAAAUGGUAAACAAAGUUGUUACACACUGAAGAAUAAAGACUUGGAACGUGCUUCAAAAGGAGUAAUUUACUUGGAGUUGGAUGUCCUAUUUAAUCCUAUAAAAGCAAGUAUUAGAACAUUCAAGCCCCGAGAAAAGCGCUUUACUGAGGAGAACCGCAAAUUUUCUAAAAAGAUCUUAUCAAGAAAUGUUGAUCGUGUGAAAAAAAUCACCAUGGCAAUAUGGAAUACAAUACAAUUCCUUUGGAGCUGCUUUCUCUGGGAGUCCACGGUGAAGAGCCUGAUAGCAUUUGUGGUGUUUGUGGUCACCGUCUGGACCGUGGAGCUGUACAUGGUGCCCCUGGCUUUGCUGGUGCUCUUUGCAUACAAUUUCUCCCUCGUCACAACAGGGAAGGUCAACAAUGCCCAGGAUGCCCAGGAGCUUAUGGGCUUGGAUGAAGACGAGGAUGAAGAUGAUAAGGAAUCUGAGAAAAAGGGGCUGAUUGAGAGAAUCCACAUGGUCCAGGAGAUCAUCAUAGCUGUUCAGAGCAUCCUGGAAGAAAUAGCAUCGUUUGGAGAGAGGAUUAAAAACACAUUCAACUGGACGGUGCCUUUCCUCUCUGUCCUGGCCUGCUUGGUCCUGGCAGCAGCAACAGUUAUUUUGUAUUUUAUACCACUGAGGUACAUUGUUUUAAUCUGGGGCAUAAAUAAAUUUACUAAGAAGCUUAGAAAUCCCUAUGCCAUCGACAAUAAUGAGCUACUAGAUUUCCUCUCCAGGGUACCAUCUGAUGUUCAAAAGGUGCAGCAGGCUGAAUUGAAACCAUCCAGCAGCUCCAGCCCCAUCAGGAAGAAGCGGAGCGCGCUCUAGGAUGCAGCAGGGUUUGGGAAUGCAGCACCUCCCUCCCUGCACACACGUGCACACUCUGCACCCCUCCCCUCCUUCUUGCUUCAGAACAACACUAG